AUGCACCUGACACUCACUCCAUUGUGCUGGGCAAUAUGGAGACAACAGCUUCCGUUUCAGUUAACGCCACAGUCAAUACCACCUACAGUCGUUAUCGUGGAUCAAAUCGAUACACAACCACCUACAGCUGAUAUGCAACAACAACAGCAGCAGCAUUCAUUUACUUUGCAGUCUGUGUACCAUCAUGCAUCUUCUUCAGGUCCUAUUCCCGGCCUCUUUCGCAGACAUUCUAUAUCCAAAGAUACUUUCAGCACGCAAGAGGCAUCCCAACAACAACAACGAUACGAUCUUCAAUCGUUGUCAGGCACUACCUAUCGACCCGUAUCCCUGGGAGACGUGUUUUCAAUGUAUCGACAUCAACGAUCUUGGCUCCAUACAAGUUCACCCGUGCAUGUUGAAUUCAAAGAAGACCAUGAUGGAUUGCUACCGGAUACCAAGCAUCGACCUACAAUUCUCGCUUUGGCCAUGAUGACGAACAAUGCUUACAGCCCAGCUGAUAACAGCACUGAAUGGUAUGAUUUGGGGACGCCAUGGAACGUGAGCGAAUCAUUUGGGUGGGAAUCAGAUGGCAUUCGUGGCCACGUGUUCAGCAAUGAGGAUGAAUCCAUUUUGAUCGUCAGCAUCAAAGGAACAAGUGCCGGCUUACUUGGAGGGGGCGGUUCAACUACCGACAAGGACAAGAUUAAUGAUAACCUACUCUUUUCAUGCUGCUGUGCCCGUAUCAGUCGAGCUUGGUCCCCGGUUUGUGAUUGCUAUCAAAACAACGAGUACAUUUGCGAGAAUCAGUGUCUUGAAUCCCAUAUCAAAAACAGGACAUUUUAUUAUGAUCAUGCAUUGGAAAUCUACAAAGAUGUGGCGGAUCGACAUCCGAAUGCGACCAUAUGGGUGACAGGUCAUUCGCUUGGUGGAGCCUUGGCAAGUCUCGUGGGACAAACAUUCCUGGUGCCUACCGUCACAUACGAGAUACCGGGUGAACAAUUGGCGGCACGCAGGCUGCAUUUGCCACAUGCACCGGGAGUUGAAUUACCGCUUUGGCAUUUUGGUCACACAGCCGACCCUAUCUUUGUGGGCGCAUGUAAGGGUCCUUCUAGUAGUUGUUGGUAUGGGGGCUAUGCAAUGGAAACAAGAUGCCACACUGGAAAGAUGUGUGUCUGGGACACUGUAAGCGAAAAGGGAUGGCGCGUUGAUAUUCGAUCGCACAGGGUGGCCGAUGUCAUUGAAAAUAUCCUGAAACAAGAUGACGAGUUCCCAUUACCAGAUUGUGUUGAUGAAGAUGAAGAUUGCACAGAUUGUGGGCUCUGGAACUACAUCGAUCCACGUGAUCCUCAAUAG